CAGAUGUUGAACAUGUCCGCUCCCGGCGAGCUGAAGUCUCCCUGCGUGACGCGUAACGGCAUGGUGAAGCUGCCCCCCGCCCAGCCCAACGGCAUGCUGAGUGCCAGCAUCACCAAGGGCACGCCCGCCGCCAAGAACCGCCUGUGCCAGUCCUCCUCCGCCUCGGUGCCCUCCAUCCUCCCCCCCCCACCCUCCCCGCUGCCCUACCACCAUCACCACCACCUGCACCACCACCCCCACCCCCUCCUGCACCUGGAGGCCGGCUUGGGCCCCCAGGGGGGCUGCGGGCCCCACCCCGGUCUGGGGGCCGGCCUGCUGAUGGGCCCCAACGGCCUGGAGGCGGGAAAGCCCCCGCUGGCCCUGAAGCCCUCCCUCCGCCCGCUGCAGCUGCCCCCCCUCACGCUGCCCAAGCCCCUGCUGCCGGCCGAGCGCCAGCUGGUGCUGGACGAGAAGCUGCUGAACCGGCUGCUGUGGUUCUUCACCACGGCCGAGAAAUGCGCGCUGGCGCAGGUCUGCAAGACGUGGCGUAAGGUGCUGUACCAGCCCAAGUUCUGGGAGGGCGUGAUGCCCAUCCUGCACGCCAAGGAGCUGUAUGCCCUGCAGCCCAGCGGGGACAAGGAGUUUGUCAGCCUGCAGGCCUUCGCCCUGCGCGGCUUCCAGGCCUUCUGCCUGGUGGGCGUGUCCGACCUGGACAUCUGCGAGUUCAUCGACAACUACCCCCUGUCCAAGAAGGGCGUGCGCUCCGUCAGCCUGAAGCGCUCCACCAUCACCGACGCCGGCCUGGAGGUGAUGCUGGAGCAGAUGCAGGGUCUCAUGCACCUGGAGCUGUCGGGCUGCAACGACUUCACGGAGGCCGGCCUCUGGUCCAGCCUCAACGCCCGCCUCACCUCGCUCAGUGUCAGCGACUGCAUCAACGUGGCAGACGACGCAAUCGCCGCAAUCUCCCAGCUCCUCCCCAACCUGUCGGAGCUCAGCCUGCAGGCCUACCACGUCACGGACACGGCCAUGGCCUACUUCACCGCCAAACAGGGCUACACCACCCACACCCUGCGGCUGCACUCUUGCUGGGAGAUCACCAACCAUGGAGUGGUCAACAUGGUGCACAGCCUCCCCAACCUCACCGCCCUCAGCCUCUCCGGCUGCUCCAAGAUCACAGACGACGGCGUGGAGCUGGUGGCCGAGAACCUGCGCAAGCUGCGGAGCCUGGACCUGUCCUGGUGCCCGCGGGUCACCGACAUGGCCCUGGAGUACAUCGCCUGUGACCUGCACAAGCUGGAGGAGCUGGUCCUGGACAGGUGCGUGCGGAUCACAGACACCGGCCUGGGCUACCUGUCAACCAUGUCCACACUGAGGAGUCUCUACCUGCGCUGGUGUUGUCAGGUACAAGACUUUGGGCUCCAGCAUUUGUUUGGAAUGAGAAGUCUUCGUCUCCUAUCCCUCGCAGGCUGCCCCCUGCUGACCACCACAGGUCUCUCUGGGCUGAUCCAGCUGCAGGACCUCGAGGAGCUGGAGCUCACCAACUGCCCUGGGGCCACGGCGGAGCUCUUCAAGUACUACUCCCAGCACCUGCCCCACUGCAUGGUGAUCGAGUAG